GGAUUUUCAAUAUCCCAUCUUUUAUUUUUUAGGUACCGUCUCUCUCUCUCUCUCUCUCUCUCUCUCUCUCUCUCUCUCUCUCUCUCUCUCUCUCUCUCUCUCAUUGUGGGAAUACCAAAAAGUGAAGAAAGAAACCUGCUGCUUCCCUGUAUGCUCAGGAAGAUGAACUGGGGCCUGAGCCCAAACAUUCUUCAAAAGAGAUCUAGGUAGACAACUUGUUAUUUUCUUCUGUGUGUUCUCUUUCGGUUAGAAUUGCCUACAUUAUAUAAAUAUUAUGAGGGUAAGAUACAUAUAAUAGUAUAACCGCCAACAAAGAAUAGCCAGCGGAAGAAUUGAAUGAGCAUUUAAUACGUGCAAGAGGAAAAUAAAGAGAGAAUGACUUGGUGCAAUGGCUGCAGCGAGGAUCAAGCCACCGACAGAAGCCUGCAGGUGCCAUCUUCAAAUAAUAAUAGCAAUAUUAAUACUGUUAUUGCUCGCGAUAAGCAACGUCCCAACACAUGUACUCAAACCACAAGUUGCCCCUCAUGUGGUCACCACAUCAAAUCCCAACAGCAUGGAAUUCAGGAUCUGCCGGGGCUACCAGCGGGCGUGAAGUUUGAUCCUACUGAUCAAGAGCUUCUUGAGCAUUUGGAGGCUAAGAUCCAAUUUGAUGGUCAUAAGCUUCAUCCUCUCAUUGAUGAGUUCAUCCCUACACUGGAAGGUGAGGAUGGUAUCUGCUACACGCAUCCUCAGAAGUUGCCAGGAGUAAGUAAGGAUGGCCUAAUCCGCCAUUUCUUCCAUCGGCCUUCCAAGGCGUACACAACAGGAACUAGGAAACGAAGAAAGGUUCACACAGACAUAGCGGAAGGUAGCGAAACUCGGUGGCACAAAACAGGGAAGACAAGGUCAGUAAUUAUUGGCGGCAAGGCGAAAGGAUAUAAGAAAAUUCUUGUGCUAUACACCAAUUACGGAAAACAAAGAAAGCCUGAGAAAACAAAUUGGGUAAUGCAUCAAUACCACCUUGGCGAUAAUGAAGAAGAAAAGGAGGGAGAACUAGUAGUUUCCAAGGUUUUCUACCAAACGCAGCCACGACAAUGCAAUUCCAUCACUAAGGACUCGUUGUCUCUUGAAAAUUCGAAUGGUCAAACUACUCGAGGACAGGGCAAUCCUAGUCUUAAGGACAUUGCCCAUGUUGAGUACUAUAACCCCUCUUUGAUCAUCUCCUUCGAUCAUCAGCGCAGCCAUAGUCAAGCAAGCCCUCCACAGCUAUUGUCUAAUUUUUCCGUCCACGAUGGGUCUUCUUUUCUUCCUUGAGGACAAUAAGAAUGAACUAGUUGUUGGUGUGAAAACCAUUGCUAAAUGAAGGUUUAGAUCUUGCAUGAUACUGGUGACAUGUACUAAUAGGCACGUACCUCAGUGAUUAAUUAACAAGAAGCUAAGGGAAGAAUAAGGAUGAAGGGUUUGUUUGGUUGAAGAACCAAGUGCUAGAUCCUUCUGGUUUGGAAAUUGAAGAUUUGGCUAUAACAUUUCCACUAUUCGCUCUUUUUCGGUAGGUUAUUAGGUAUAAAUCAUUUUCUUUCAAGGUGAAGAUAACAAUGAAUUUCACAUGAACCAUGACUACCCUUUAACAUGAGAAAGUGGUACAUAUGUUGACUUGAGAAUCGUAUAGAGAUCAUUCUUAUAACCUGAGAUGUACAAAGAUGAUUCUUACAACGUGAAUUGUAUAAAGAUGAUUCUCACC